AUGGCCGCUUUGAACAAGGACGUGGACGUAGGGGUCACUGAAAGCACCACUUUCUCGAUCGCAGGCAAGCAGAUCAAGUUCAACAGCGCCGAAGACAUCGCACCGUAUGUUCAGCAAUUGGCUGCGCAAGAUGGGGUCCGCAAAAUCGAUAUCAGCGGUAACACCAUCGGAAUCGACGCCUCGGAGGUGUUCGCCGCGGCCAUCUUGAAACACAAAACCACCCUUGUAGAGGUAGACUUCUCCGACAUAUACACGGGCAGAUUGAACACGGAGAUUCCCCAGUCGUUGCAACAUUUGUUGCCUGCACUCUUGCAAUGUGCCGACUUGAAGGUGGUGAAUUUGAGCGACAACGCGUUUGGCUUGCAGACAAUCGACCCGAUCGAGGAGUACCUCGCGAAGGCGGUUUCCGUAGAGCACUUGAUACUUUCCAACAAUGGCAUGGGGCCAUUUGCCGGUGCGCGGAUCGGCAAGUCUUUGUUCCAGUUGUCCUUGGCGAAGAAACAACAAAAGUACCCGUCAUUGAAGACUUUCAUUUGCGGCAGAAACCGCUUGGAAAACGGCUCCAUCAACUACUUGGCCAUCGGCUUGCGGGCACACGAACACUUGCACACGGUCAGAUUGUACCAGAACGGAAUCCGCCCGGCCGGAAUCGAGAAGUUGAUUUUGCAAGGUUUGGCCCGGAACAGCCACUUACAAGUGCUCGACUUACAGGACAACACGCUCACCACGCGUGCCGCCAUCGCCUUGGCCGAGCUGCUCAGUGCAUGGGAUUCUUUGGUUGAGUUGAACUUGAACGACUGUUUGCUCAAGCCCAAAGGCUCGCUUGCUUUGGCCGACCAUCUUGCCAACGGCAGUGUGAAAAGCAAGUUCGAGACAUUGAAGUUGCAAUACAACGAGUUGGAGGCAGACGCGUUGAAGCGCUUGGUGCGCGCCGUCUCGGAGAAGUUGCCGCACUUGAAAACCUUGGAGUUGAACGGAAACAGAUUUGACGAGGAGGCCGAGGAAAUCGAUGCCUUCAACUCUGUAUUUGAAGCCAGGGGCCAUGGCGAGCUUGAUGAGUUAGACGAGUUGGAGGAGUUGGAUAGUGACGAGGAGAACGAAGAUGAUGACGAAGACGACGAGGACACCUUUGACGGCGCUGCUGCGGAUUUGAACCAGCUAGAGGCCGAGUUGGCCGGCUUCUCUGUCGAAGAUAAAGACUCGACCGUUGACUCUAUCGCUGAUGAGUUGGCUGGCACUCACUUGAAGUAA